UGAACAGACUGAAAUCAGCAGUAGCAGACAGUCCCCCGUUUUACAGCUCAGUCUUCCACGUCCAGUAGCUGUGAGGUGUCUUGUUGGUAUGGAGCUUCUAAAUGUUUUUUUCAGUCAUUCCAUGACUGUAAAUCACAUUAUUUUUUUAUCUCCAUGAAUGAUUUAUUUGAUGCUGCACGGUUAUCUUGCUCAUUGCGACUGUGUACAUUAAAGUGAGAGUGGAAGGCUGUGACUGUGGCUAGGCAGCAUGGGUCAGGCAAGCAGCGUUGUAGCUGCCCCUCCCCACUCUUACUAGCAGGCGCUGUCCCUGGUGCUGACUGGAGGACUCUAUGCAGGUCUGACUGUCCCAGGAAGACUGGAAUAGACCCACAUCACUUAGCACAUCUCUGCAGACGUACAUCAUCACCGACACCAGUGCAAGUUUGACAUGUUGACACAGAGAAUUUCCAGUAUUCACAUUCUUUGAAGUGUUUUGGAAAAGUGACAGAUGUGCUGCAAUGGUUACAUAAAUUAUUUGGCUUGCCCGGAAUGAGAUGCUAAUUCCUAUUUGUUCCCUGACGCUUCUUUACAACAUUCAGCCCAGAAUGAAUUAUAUCAUGAAAUUUCACAGACAUUUUCAAAGAACAAUCCUCCUGCUUGCCACUUUUUGCAUGGUAAGCAUUGUAAUUUCUGCAUACUAUUUGUACACUGGUUAUAAGCAAGACAAUGACAUUUCCGAAGCAUCGAUGGAAGUAGAGUGUGGCGAUAUUGAAUCUCUACCGUAUAAACUGCUAGAACAGAAAACUGGAAAACCAUCAGUUUCAUUGUCAACAGAUACCAUAAUCUUGGUUUUUAUAGAGAGUCAAUACUCUCAACUUGGUCAAGACAUUAUUGGUAUUCUAGAAUCAAGCAGAUUUAAAUUCCAUGCAGAAAUUGCUCCCGGAAAAGGUGACCUCCCGCCGCUAACAGAAAAUCACAUUGGAAAAUAUGCACUAAUUGUAUAUGAAAACUUUAUGAAAUAUGUAAACAUGGACACAUGGAAUAAGGAACUUCUGGAUAAGUACUGUCUCCAGUAUGGAGUUAAUGUUAUUGGAUUCCUUAAAGGCAUGGAAAACAACAUUCAGACUUUUCACUUAAAGGGCUUCCCAUUUAUGUUACACAAUAAUAUGGCUGUCAAAAACUUUUGUAUUAAUCCCAAAGCACCCUUACUUCAUAUAACGAAACCUUCAAAAACAACAAAAGGUGCUUUGCUUGGAAAUGAAUGGAAUGUUUUUGAGGUAAAUCACUCAUCUUACCAACCCAUAGUUUUUACAAAAGUAAAAAUGCCUAUUGGUGUCCCACCCCAGCUGUCUAAAAUGUCCUUAUUUGCCACAGUUAUUCAUGAUUUGGGACUUCAUGAUGGAAUUCAAAGGAUCUUCUUUGGCAAUAACUUGAAUUUUUGGCUGCACAAGCUAAUUUUUGUGGAUGCUCUAUCUUUCCUCUCGGAGAAGAAAUUUACCCUGUCUCUUGAAAGGUACAUCCUUGUGGAUAUAGAUGAUAUUUUUGUGGGUAAAGAAGGGACCAGAAUGAACAUCAAUGAUGUUAAGGCUCUUCUUGACACACAAAAAUUACUUAGAUCUAAAGUUUCAAAUUUUACUUUUAAUCUGGGAUUUUCUGGAAAAUUCUACCACACAGGCACUGAAAAGGAGGAUAAAGGAGAUGACCUCUUGUUGGGAUCAGUGGAUGAGUUUUGGUGGUUCCCUCACAUGUGGAGCCACAUGCAGCCUCAUCUUUUCCAUAACGAGUCUUCACUAGUGGAACAAAUGAUUCUCAACAAGAAAUUUGCUCUGGAGCAUGGUAUUCCCACUGACAUGGGUUAUGCAGUGGCUCCGCAUCACUCAGGUGUCUACCCAGUACAUAUUCAACUUUAUGAUGCCUGGAAAAAGAUCUGGAAUAUCAAAGUCACAAGUACAGAGGAGUAUCCACACCUGAAACCAGCACGUUACAGACAGGGAUUUAUACACAAAAACAUCAUGGUUCUUCCUCGGCAAACAUGUGGACUCUUCACUCAUACUAUUUUCUAUAAGGAGUAUCCUGGAGGUCCAACUGAACUUGACAGAAGCAUUCAAGGAGGGGAACUUUUUUUUACACUCAUCCUCAAUCCAAUCAGCAUCUUCAUGACCCACUUAUCCAACUAUGGCAAUGACAGACUUGGUUUAUAUACAUUUGUUAAUCUGGCUAAAUUUGUACAGACCUGGACUAAUUUAAAGUUGCAAACUCUUCCUCCAGUUCAACUAGCUGACAAAUACUUUGAGUUAUUCCCCAAACAGAGAGAUCCUCUAUGGCAGAAUCCCUGUGAUGACAAGCGCCAUCGUGAUAUAUGGUCGAAAGAAAAAACCUGUGAUCGCCUGCCAAAAUUUCUGGUUGUGGGACCACAGAAAACUGGGACUACAGCCUUAUACUUAUUCUUGAUUAUGCAUCCUGCUAUCAUCAGCAAUUCACCAACCCCCAAAACAUUUGAAGAGAUGCAAUUCUUCAAUGGAAAUAACUACCACAAAGGCUUGGAUUGGUACAUGGAUUUCUUCCCAAUUCCAUCAAACCUUACAAGUGAUUUCCUGUUUGAAAAAAGUGCCAAUUAUUUUCAUUCUGAAGAAGCUCCAAAACGAGCAGCUGCUUUACUUCCAAAAGCAAAAAUUAUCGCCAUUCUCAUUGACCCCUCAGAUCGAGCAUAUUCCUGGUAUCAGCAUCAACGUGCUCAUCAUGAUCCAGCCGCUCUAAAGUUCAGCUUUUAUGAGGUCAUUACAGCUGGCAGCCAGGCAACCUCAGAUCAACGGUCACUCCAAAAGAAGUGCCUAAUGCCAGGGUGGUAUGCUACACAUAUACAGAAGUGGCUGGAUCACUUCUCCUCUGCCCAGGUCAUUUCCAUGUUUGUUUUGCAGCUGCUUAUUGUUGAUGGACAACAAUUACGAACAGACCCUGCUAAUGUGAUGGAUGAAGUGCAGAAGUUUCUAGGAGUUUCUCCUCAUUACAAUUAUUCUGAAGCACUAACGUUUGAUUCACACAAAGGAUUUUGGUGUCAGUUAUUGGAAGAGGGGAAAACAAAAUGUCUGGGGAAAAGCAAAGGUAGAAAAUAUCCCCCUAUGGAUUCAGAGUGCAGAGCCUUCUUGUCAAGUUAUUACCAGGAACACAAUGUGGAAUUAUCCAAACUUUUGCACAAACUUGGCCAACCUUUGCCCUCAUGGCUGAGACAAGAACUGCAGAAAAUCAGGUAGCACAAAGACAACAUUUUUCAGUAUCUUCCAAGAGAACCUUCAGUCACCUAGGAUAAGAACCCCUUCAGUCAUGCAGCAGCCAAUGUAAUAUUCACCUAUUUGGGAGAAUACUCCACAGAACCCUUCCAUGUGCUGGCAUGUGGAUUCUAUCCCUGUCUUCUAGAGAACAAUGUUCAUCCAUUGCCUGUCACUUACUGCCUGUUAUGGAUAUGUGAUGGAUAAUGACUGAUUAAUGCAUAAUGUUGACUAUAAAUAGCAUUGGUGAUGUCAAAUCAUUUAAAAUGUUAAGUAAUUUGCUCAUCUGAUUUUACAAUAAAUAUUUUUUUAUGUUCAAA